AUGAACAUUCUACUUCGUGAAGGCCUGUUUGGCCGCAUCUUGAACUGCUUGUCCAAUGACAGAAUUUUUCCUCAUUCAGACGCUCUCACUUCCAAGGAAGAUGCUGCGUCCCAUCCAUCCCCAGACUCGACACAGAUGUCCCUCGACUUUGCGGGACCCGACGAUCUAGACAUGCCGAGAAACUGGCCAACACUGACAAAGGCCUUCGUUAUGGCGGACAUCAUACUCCUCAACUUUAGCUUCUACGCGGCAGCUGCAAUCUUUACUCCCAGCAUCCCACUGAUUGAACGAGACUUCGGUGCCACAACGAGCCAGGGGACUCUUGGGCUCUCGCUCUUUGUUAUCGCGUACGGCAUUGGCCCUCUGAUUCUCUCACCACUGUCAAACCUCCCAUCGAUCGGACGCACGCCCGUAUACGUCGCCGGAUCUCUGGCAUUCUGCCUAAUAAACAUCGGCACGGCUCUUGCCAAAAACGUGUCCACCGUCUUGGUUCUUCGUUUCAUUGGCGGCUUUGUUGGAUCUUUGCCCAUCAGUGUCGGUGGUGCAACUCUAAUGGAAAUCUAUGGCCCUGCCGAAAUUCCAUACGCCAUUGCAUUUUACGCGGUUAGUGGACUCUGCGGCCCCAUCCUAGGACCCAUCUUUGGAACUUUGGCAGUUACACGGUGGAACACAUGGACAGCAACUCUGUGGCUUCUCGCGGGAAUAACUGCUUUUACAACAGUCUUCAUCUUCUUUUUCAUGCCAGAGACUCUGCCUUCCAACAUUCUGCGCCGACGAGCGCAACGUCUUCGAGAGCAGAGCGACAAACCACAAGCCCAGCUUCCACUCGAAUCUGCUGCGCCACGCAAUAUCUUCGUCGACAUUGUACACCAGACAAUCGACGACUUUAAACUAUCCUGCAUGGAUCCCGUGGUUCUCUUCGUCAACAUCCACACCAUGCUCAUCUACGGCAUCCUCUAUCUGUGGUUCGAGUUCUUCCCUUUUGUUUUCGGAGAGAUUUAUCACUUCAACGCCACCCAACAGGCGCUCGCUUUCUUUGGUAUCCUGACCGGCGCUAUUCUCUCAGUCAUGGCAUACCUCCUAUGGCUCUACUCUAUCUAUCAGCCGCGUGUGGCAGACCCAGAUGUCGUUGUACAGCCCGAGGACCGCCUGUUUCCGGGGCAAGUGGGGGCGGUCUGCAUUCCCGUCUGCCUAUUCAUCUUCGCAUGGACGUCUCGUCAAAGUAUACACUGGAUUGUGCCAAUCGUGGGGACUGGCUUCUUCGCCCCGGGCUUCUACCUCACCUUUCAGUCCAUCCUCAACUACCUUGGCGAGUCGUAUCCGAGACACGUUGCAAGCGUUUUCGUCAGCAACACCUUCUUUCGAAGUUCUUUCGGAGGAGCAUUGCCGCUCGCGGCGCCACGAAUGCUCAAGUCACUGGGCAUCGGAUGGGCAGCAAGCACGCUGGGCUUCAUCUCCAUUGCCCUGGUUCCUCUGCCUUUCAUUCUGGAGCGUUAUGGAAAGAGGUUGCGAUCUCAGAGCAAAUAUGCAAACUAAUAGACUAGAUAUGGAGU